CUACUAGGUGCUAGGGACUUUCUACUGGUCCCUACAGGCUUUACAGCUUUCACUUAUUAGCUCGCUGCUCGGGCUCGGACGACAAAUUAAUAUCGAUUUAAUAUUUAUUGAAAGUAUCGCUGAUAAGUUGCGAUGCAAAGUUGAUAAAUUAUUAUGAAGAGACAAAUAGGUAUUAAAAGGUUAGUGGUAAUAAUAGUUAAGUGUCGCGUCUUGUCAAAUGUCACGCGACAUGUUAUUAUUGAGCGCGUUAUACGUAGAAACAAAGUCGCGUAGUAAGUAAUAAGUAAAAACGUACCAUAACCUAACUAUGAACGUAAACAAAUGCACGUACUACUACUCCCCCAUCAAUAUCAGCGAACUGACAAACGAUCUGAUUGCCAAUAAGAGCUGAUGUUUCUCCUUCUCAGUUGUAUGAUAGAGAUUGGAAGAAAAUGUAAAUUCGUUCAAAAAUAAUGUCAUAACUGGUGUAAAAAAAGGUGUAAUGGAAAAUCAUUCCGUUCGUAUUAAUUACGCGCAAAGUGUUCCUCGCGACGCGGAAGAAUUGUCAAUGGUACACGAAAGUCGCGGGAAACAAUACAUCGAGCAUGGUAAAAAACGCGAGGAAGUGGUUAUAUUGGCAAACGACGCGAAGGGUGGAUUAUUUAAUCCAAGGGCGUUAUUAUUCCUAACGCUAUGGUAUGUCUUCAGUGGGUGUACAUUAUUUUUAAACAAAUACAUAUUAUCGUACAUGGAAGGCAACCCAACUAUUUUGGGUGCCUGCCAAAUGUUAAUGACAGCAAUUUGUGGAUUUAUACAAAUGUAUUUUCCCUGCGGUAUGUAUAAGGCUAGCUCGCGUCUUAUGCGACCGCCAGGUUUCUAUAAACACAUGAUAUUGGUUGGAUGUACAAGGUUUACAACUGUAGUAUUAGGAUUAGUAUCGCUCAAUUACGUGGCGGUAAGCUUUACUGAAACUAUUAAAAGUAGCGCACCACUUUUUACCGUCCUUAUUAGCAGAUAUUUAUUAGGAGAACACACUGGAUUAUAUGUAAAUUUAUCUUUAAUUCCUGUAAUGGGUGGUCUAGCUUUGUGCUCGGUAAAUGAAAUUAGUUUUGAUUUACGUGGAUUUAUCGCCGCUAUGGCCACAAACAUGACCGAAUGUCUUCAAAAUGUUUAUUCGAAAAUGUUGAUUAGCGGAGACAAUUUCAAAUAUACGCCAGCAGAAUUACAAUUUUAUACGAGUUUAGCAUCAAUCGUGGUACAAAUACCAGUGUCAAUUUUAUUAGUAGAUUUGCCAGCUCUCGAGCAUUCCCUAAGUUUUAAAAUAUUUGCGGCAUUUCUUUUAAAUGGUGUCUUCUUCCAUUUUCAAAGUAUUACGGCAUAUGUACUUAUGGAUUAUAUCAGCCCUGUAACGCAUAGCGUUGCCAAUACAGCAAAAAGAGCAUUUUUAAUUUGGCUGUCAGUUUUACUAUUCAAUAAUUCAGUAACCGGUUUAUCGGCCCUUGGAACUUGUGCUGUAAUAGCUGGUGUACUAUUAUACAAUCAAGCACAAGAAUAUGAUAGGAUUAAAACUGCUAAAUUACGGCAUACUUCGAAAAUUAAUUUACAAUAAUAACAAUCAAAACAAAUCUCCUUCUGGUGCAUCGAAAAUCUAUAAGAGGUAAGACGAAAUUUAGUCUUUUUCCUUUCU